CGAGUUGGUUGUAUGUAUUCUUGCAGGGGACGGUUCGCCCUGUUAUUCAUUAUUUACAGAUUUAGGUGCUUACAGAAUUCAGCUAUUUCAAUAUUUGGCGUUAGCUUAACUAAACAUUCACUGCACUGUAUUUUCAUAAAAAUCCGUACUAUUGUCUUUUUUUAACAUUGUUUUGCGGAAAUAAAAUCUAGCUUUCGCAUGUUAUUUGGAAGUACAUGUGAGGAUGGCAAUUAAAGGACUUGUUGCGUUGGCAUUAUGCGGUUCUGUGGCUCUCACAUUUCUCAUGCUGGGAUGUACUCUAUAUAAGUGCUAUUGGCCUAUGUUUGAGUUGAUGUUUUAUUUCUUGGCUCCACUUCCAAUUGCGAUAGCUCGAAGAUUGGCAAAUGACAUUGAUUCCACAAGCACGGCUUGUAAAGAGUUGUCAAUAUUUCUCACAACUGGCAUUGUAAUAUCCUCAAUGGGGCUGCCUAUUGUUCUGGCAAGAACUGCUGCUAUCGGAUGGCCAGCUGCUGGAUUCACCCUCGCAGCGAACGUUGUUGCCUUUCUUACAGUUUACGGAUUUUUUCUUUAUUUUGGUGACGAUUCCGAUUAUGAAUUUCAAAGAUGGUAGUUUUGGAUGUGCCCCAAUAUUUUUGAUAUACAUUACUUGUUUUUACACACAAUUAUUAUUUUUUUGAAGACUGUGGCUGAUUUGCGGUGCAUAUCAUUGCGGUGCAUAUCAUCAAAAUUAAAUAGUAUUUCCUUGUUUUGACAAAUUAGAAUAUGUGUCAUUAAUAUCAUAAAAUCCUUCAUUCUUGACUGGAUUUUAUCUUCUAGUAUGUGCAAUAGAUGUAUUCCAGUUGAUGUAGAAAAAAUGAGAUAAGAUUGUUGUAUGGUCGGAUUAAAUAUAUUUUGGCUGCCCUAAUAAUUUGUGAACAUUGUUUUAUGUGUUUGUGUAGGUUUUUUGCUGUUCUUUAUUAAACUUGAUUUCAUAUUUUUAAAUCUGCAUAAAAGCAAAAGAUAAGGUUCUUCAGUGAUUCAUAUUCGGAAGUUUUCCAUUGCUAAAAACUGGGAAUUUGAGAUUAAAUCUUCUGCUAAGUAUGAAAUGAAUAUAUUGAUACUAUUUUCACCACCAUUAUUUCAAGUAUGUUUUUUGUAUUGUUAAUAUAUAUUAAAUGUUCUUCAGAUGCAA